AUGCACGAAAGUCGCACAUCCCACGUAAACCUGUCCGACCACAACCCAGAUGCGGUUAAGCUUGUCGUUGACUUCUUUUACCAGUCUGAUUAUCAGGCCUCACACAAAAGCCCAUCUUGGAGAUUCGACAUGGUGAAAAAACCUACGAAAUUCGAAAUUACUAACGUUACAAUUACCGAACCUGCAGCUAUUCCAGCCGAACCUGGCGUUGAUGAUCUCUGGGCUUCUAGUUCCAAAAAAGACAAGAAGAAAAAGGGUAAAGCGGGCGCUUCAGAAGAUCCACCAGGCCCGUCAAACUCAUACCCGGACCCGGAAAUCAACCUCGCCGAAUCCCUUUUAGACAAAACCUUCCUUCUAACGCACUGCCGUAUCUACGCCCUAGCCGAAUACUUGCAAUUACCUUCCAAUUAA